CCCGUCCCAUGCCACUUCCAGCACCUCUGCAGGGUCACGCAGAUUAACCCCUUGUUUCCUGGAGUGGGCUUUAGUUUUGAAGUGAAAUGAAGGGUGAAAGGGUUUUCCGGUUAGAAGUGUGUGUGUGUGUGUGUGUGUGUGUGUGCACCAGCGGGGGUGAAAGAAGUAGGGCUGUCCAGCUGCAUGCUGGGAGUUUUUGGAGCUUUUUUUUUUUUUAAGGAUCUAGAGAAUUUAGAGAGAGUUUUGGUGUUGGCUGGGCAGUCGUAGGGAUUUAGAGCUGAGCAGCUGAUGUUAUUUUAGUAGUUUUAGAGGGUGGAUGGUAGAGUUGGAGAAGAUUUGGCGCUGUUCAGGAGUUUGGGUUGUUGAAAAGAGGAUGUGGGUCGAGGCAGACUGAAUGGAAAGCCCCUGAGGCUCAGCUCACUUUGCUUCAGAAACAACUUUUUGCCCGAACCUGUGCAACAAAAGGCCCUCGCUGAUCUGAAAUGGCCGCUGUCAGCGCGUUGUCGCUGCUGCUGGCGUUGGCUGGCGUCUGCAGCGGGAGUCUGGUUGUGGUGAACUCGGGCGUGGAGGUGACGAGGGGCCGUUCCGUGUUCGUCACGAAGAAGGAGCUGAAGAUCAGCGUGGAUGCAACUGCAGACUGUAAGGUGGAGGUGGUGAUGAACGAACCUGUCACUCAGCGAGUCGGGAGGCUGACUCCACAGGUGUUUGACUGCAGCUUCCUGGAGGACGAGGUGAAAUACGUCCACGAUGGAAGUCCUCUGCUGGACGAGGACACAGUCAUGCUAAGAGUCUACAGGUUCACGUCCCGGGACACGCGGGUGGAGACGCUGGUUCUGCCGGUGCGGGUGGUGGACUCAGGCUCCGGCGUGGUGCAGCUGGGCAGCGCUCCGCUGGUGGUGCCUCUGUUCUACGGUUUAUCCAACGCCAUUGACGCUUCCGUGCUGGAGAUCCGGGCCGCGGCGGACCUGGUCUGCAGCGUGCGGCUGAUGACCGGCGACGUCAGCGUCCCCGCGCUGGGACAGCUGGUGCGGGAAGAGGACGCCACGCAGAGGAAAGGCCGAGAGACAGCAGCGCUGUGUCCCGGGAACAGACCGUGUCUCCACAGCACCAGGGAGGUGCGUUUCCUGAAGAGCAGCUGCCAGGACUUCCUCUCCUCCGGUCUGAAGUACCAGCACCUCCGCCCGCCAUCGCCCGAGAUCGACUACAUCCCGCUGCGGGUGGAGCUGAGGGAGCGCUGCUCCAGGGCGCUGCUGGAUGCCGACUCCGUGUGGUUGCCGGUUCUGAUCCACGGUGCGUUGCCGAACCAGGCGCCUGCGGCGGCCUUCAUGGCGUCCUUCAUCCUGGAGGCGGACCAGUUCAUCCUGACGCCGCUGACCACGGCCGCGCUGGACGCCACCGACCCCGAGACGCCGCAGGAGAAGCUAAUCUUCAACGUGACCGUGCCGCCGGCCGCCGGCUACGUCACGCACCUAGACGACCACACCAAGCCCAUCUCGUCCUUCACAUGGCGGGACCUGCACGGCAUGAAGGUCGCCUACCAGCCGCCCAGCAGCAGCCAAUCACAGCGUAGGAACUACCAGGUGGAGUUUCAGGCGAUAGACGGUUCCUACAUGACCAGCCCGCCCAUCUCGGUCCACAUCUCCAUCCGGGCGGCCGAAACGAACGCACCCAGAGUCUCCUGGAACAUGGGUCUGGAUUUGCUGGAGGGUCAGUCUCGACCAAUCACGUGGGAGGAGCUGCAGAUAGUCGACAACGACAACAUCAACGCGGUUUCCCUAGUCGCUGUGGACGGACCGCUUCAUGGACGCCUCACUGUCAGAGGUACGGCGAAAAUUACUACCUGCUAA